AUGGAUGCAUCAACAACACCAAAAUUGAUUUCCAAGAAACCAAAAUAUUCAAGAUUCACACAACAAGAGUUCCCCUCUUGGAAACCGAUCUUAACUCCAAAAUGGGUCAUCACCACAUUUGUAACCAUCGGCAUUCUAUUCACCCCUGCUGGUCUUUUAUGUUUAUGGGCAUCAGAACGUGUCGUACAGAUUGUGGACCGCUAUGACGAUGAUUGUCUUCCCGAGUCUUAUAUCAACAACGUUGAUUCGUUUAUUCAGAGCAACAAUACGAAUAAAACAUGUGUCCGUACAAUAAAAGUGCCACGCAAAAUGAAUGCCCCUAUCUUUAUAUACUAUCAGCUUGACAAUUUCUACCAAAAUCAUCGUCGAUAUGUGAAAAGUAGAAGUGACAAACAAUUAAGAGACCCUGAUGAGGCGGACGAAACAGAUGAUUGCAAGCCCAAAGACAGACUAAAUGGGAACCGCGAUGAGCCUAUUGUUCCAUGUGGGUUGGUCGCGUGGAGUUUGUUCAACGAUACAUACAAAUUCUCCAAGGGAAACAAAGUUAUAGAAAUUGAUAAGAAGGAUAUCGCAUGGAAGAGCGAUAAAAAGAUCAGAUUCGGGUCAGAUGUUUACCCAAAAAACUUUCAAAAAGGAGAAUUGAUUGGGGGUGGAGAAUUAGAUGAAUCAAAACCCCUGAGUGAGCAAGAGGACCUUAUCGUCUGGAUGAGGACCGCGGCAUUGCCUACAUUUAGAAAGCUUUAUGGGAAAAUAACCACGGAUUUGGAGGCCGACGAGACGAUAACAGUUGUGAUACAGAACAACUACAAUACAUAUGGAUUCGGGGGAGAAAAAAAGCUGGUUCUUUCCACCGCGAGUUGGAUUGGUGGGAAAAAUGAUUUCUUUGGCAUAUCGUUUCUUACGACUGGUGCCAUAUGUUUCUUUGUCGCAAUUUGUUUCAUACUUUUGUAUGUUUUAAAGCCCAGACCUCUGGGAGAUCCAACGUAUUUGUCAUGGAAUAUAAAUCAAGCAACGCAAUAAAACAUACUCAUAUCAGUAUCAUCUAUGCGUUUUACCACACGUUACUCAU